GAUAGAUAUGUCUCACUAAUUAAGGAAUUGAGAGAAGCGUUUGAUGGGGAGGCGAAGGGAUCGUCUAAAACAAGAUUACUGUUGACGGCUGCAGUUCCGGCUAGUUUUGAAGCGGUCACCAGUGGUUUCAAUGUUCCCGAACUCAAUAAAUAUCUAGAUUUCAUGAAUAUUAUGAGUUAUGACUUUCACGGCGAUUGGGAACAAUCAGUGAACCACAAUUCACCCCUUUUUUCAUUAAACACGGCGUCUGGGUAUCAGAAAAAGCUGACCGUGGACUUUAGUGUUGCCGAAUGGGUUAAUAAGGGCGCCUCCAAAGAGAAGUUGGUGGUAGGACUGCCCACCUAUGGCCGCACUUUCACUCUGUCGAGUCCUAAUCUCACUGAUAUCAACGCUCCGGCCAUUAAAGGCGGUCUUCCCGGACAGUUCACGAGAGAGGCCGGAUUCUUAGCUUUCUUCGAAAUUUGUGAUCUCUUGAAAAUGGGCGCCACAUUGGUUUGGGAUAACGAGCAAAUGGUUCCGUACGCCUAUUCCGGUGACCAAUGG